AUGGUCAAGACCUCCGUCCUCAACGAUGCGCUCAACGCCAUCAACAACGCUGAGAAGGCUGGCAAGCGCCAGGUCCUGAUCCGUCCUUCCUCCAAGGUCAUCGUCAAGUUCCUCACUGUCAUGCAGCGUCACGGUUACAUUGGCGAGUUCGAGGAGGUCGACGACCACCGCAACGGCAAGAUCGUCAUCCAGCUCAACGGCCGCAUCAACAAGACCGGUGUCAUCUCCCCCCGCUACAACGUCCAGCUCCGCGACAUGGAGAAGUGGGUCGUCAAGCUCCUUCCCUCGCGUCAAUUCGGUUACAUCGUCCUGACCACCUCCGCUGGUAUCAUGGACCACGAGGAGGCCCGCAGGAAGCACGUUGCUGGCAAGAUUCUCGGUUUCUUCUACUAG